AUGGCUGACGAUCUCCUCCGUCUUGACCAUGUCAACUGGUAUCGCGAUCAAGUGGUCUUCCUGACCGGAGCCACUGGCAAUCUUGGAGGAUGUAUCCUAUACAAAUUGGCCGUGCAGCUGCCCACCAAAAAAGUCUACGUACUAUGUCGCCGCUCUUUCCAACAGGCCAUGGAGAAAUGGGAGGCAUCGAUGCCGGAGCAGGUGGAAGAGAUCUUCGACUCUGGCAAAGUGCACUGCAUCAUCGGCGAUACCACCGAGCCACACCUGGGAUUGAGGAAAGCCGAUCGAGAUAGACUGCAGCAGGAAGUCACUGUCAUUAUCCACAGCGCGGCUUCCAUAUCCAUGUUUCAGGAGCUCCACGAGGCAGUCCAACAACAUUGCUCGUCCAUGACGAACAUGAUCCAACUCGCGUGCCAAAUGACCCACCUCCAGGCUUUUGUGUAUAUAUCUUCCAUCACAGUCUGCAUGUUGCUCUCGGACGGAACUGCUAAGGAACAAUUCAUGAAGGUAACGGCGGACGAGCCCGAUCCCGAAGAACAGGUGGCUUCUAUUCUGGCAACACACUCAUCGCCGUAUUCCGACCGAUUCCCGACCUCCUACAGUCAGGCCAAAUAUCUCGCUGAGAGAUUGCUCUUCGCCCAGGAAGAGUCCUUUCCCGUUCUGGUGGUUCGACCAGCGAGCAUUGGACCUGCCAUUCGAGAUCCAUAUCCGCUAUAUGGUGUCCCCGGCUCCACUCCCGUUGAUACAGCUGUUCAUCUCUUUACACAAAGUGGAGUCUACCGAUCAUUUAGCGAGACGAAAAAGUUUUCACAAGAGACAGUAGUCGAUGAAAUCCCAGUCGACCUCACUGCUAACGGAUGUCUCCUUCACGUUGCCUGCGGGAGCCGUGGCAUUGUCCAUCUCGGAUGCCAACUGUACAUACCUCGAACUCUGAGUGACUUAACACUCCAAUGGCAGAAGUAUGGACCGAAAGACUUGGAGUUCCGUAUGGCCAGGCUGAAUAAAGAACAAAAUGGUGCUUUAGCCAGACAGGCCUACGACACAAUGCGUCGCGGUCACCGUGGUUGGUUCUUCGACUGCUCUCGCUCGCAACCUUUUCAAGUCACUGAAGGCCCCAUUGGCCUGUCGCUCGCCAAUCAUGACUUUGAAGAAUAUGCGAAAGCGCGGGUGGAAAAACAGGGGCGGAUAUUGACACAGCAGAUGAAGACAUGGGAUUUGCAGGGUUGUUUGAUAUGA